AGCUUGCGAUCGCGGAGCUCGGAGCUGCAGGUUCCACUGACACCCGUCAUUUCUUCUUCGAAUUUCUUGAAUCCGGGAGAGGAUACCAUUGAAGUAAAUCUGGAUUAUUUUCCUGUUGGUGACAUACAAAGUACAGAUACUUCAGUAAACUACGGAAAUCUCUCACGCGUCGUACUUUAAAUUUUCAAAUGAUGACGAACCCGGAAGGGUACAAGUUUACCCUCCCCGAUGGGAGGUAUGCAGAUGGAACUUGGGAUCUUGUAAUCUACAUUACCAAUCUCGAUACCUCGGUCACCAUUUCUGGUAUCGAAGGAAACUUAUCAAUUGGAGAUUUAAUGCUGAGGACUGUUCAAGCCGCUGAUGACUUCUUACAGACACAGGAACCCUAUGAAUCUGAUAUAUCCUCUGGUGUACAAAUUGACUGGUCAGACCACAUGGUCUGGUGGGAGGAUAAGAAGAUAUGGCUUCAGAAGACCAGAUUGACCCUCAACAACUAUGGUGUCCAGGCUGGGACCAGACUACACUUCACCCCUUGCCACAAGACUCUGAGGCUACAGCUCCCUGACAUGCAACUCAUUGACCGUAGCGUCAACUUCUCCAAAAAUGUUGUCUAUGCUGUAAAAGAAGUCUGCACAGAAUUAGGUAUCAAUCAUUCUGAAGAACUGUCAUUUCUGCGCAAACCAAAGAAGAGUUCCAAGCAAAAUGGGAAAUCUGCCGGGACGCGUAAGAAGAAAGAACGCGGGGACCGCGAUUCAAUGGCAUCCAGCAACAGCAAUGAGGCAGCAUCAAUAGGAAGCAUGGACGGUAUUGGACCUACAACUCCCACAAGGAGACCUUCACCAGGGAACUACAGGACACCCGGACAGAACGGGAACCCUGGCUACAGCUCUGGAUCCAACUACUCUGGAAGCAUUGAGAACUUGAAUACAUCGCUAGUGAACAGUCCACAGAGGCCCAGUGGUGAGGCCUUCGAAGGUCUUAUCAGGCCAUCAUCUUACAGAGAGAAGGCCUCUAUCAAUGCAGGAUGGCUCGAUUCAAACAGGUCAUUGAUGGAGCAGGAUGUGAGGGAGAACGAUACAGUGAUGCUGCGCUUCAAGUACUACGUAUUCUACGAUCUUCCUCAGCCCAACAGCUCGGACAUCAAACACAUCAAAGAGGAUGCCGUCAGGAUCAACCAAAUCUACGAACAAGCUAAAUGGGCAAUCCUCCGGGAAGAAAUCGAAUGCACGCACGAAGAAAUGAUGCUGUUUGCUGCUCUACAGUUACAAGUGAGUAUGCAAUCCCAGAAGCCUCAACAGGAAGUAGAUGGUCCCUCAGAUGGUGUGGAUGAUAUUGAUAAAGCUCUCACAAAUCUUCAGGUCUCAUUAGAAGGACAAACUGUAUCACCAGGACAUACGGAUAUCACCUCAGUACCAGAACUUUCAGGAGUAUUGAGAUAUCUGAAGCCUAAGAAAUUCACGUUGAAAGGUUACAAGAAGGCUUGGUUUGUGUUCCGUGACCUGCACCUUUCAUAUUACAAGAGCGAAGAGGAGAGGAACGGACAAGCUAUCCAGAGAAUCAACCUCAAAGGUUGUGAGGCGUCCCCUGAUGUAAGCAUAGCAGCUGAGAAGUUCUGUAUCAAACUCCUCUCUGUGUCACCAGAAGGAACGCAAGAACUUAUCUUGAGAUGUGACUCGGAGGAUCAGUACGCCAAGUGGAUGGCAGCGUGCCGACUGGCGUCCAAGGGCAAGUCAAUGGCCGAUAGUACAUACCAGUUGGAGGUUGAGGAGAUCAAGGCCUUCCUUAGCAUGCAGCACAGUAACAAAGAUGGCAGGGCCCCCAUCAUACCCACGGACAUGCCCGAGAUCAAGCCGGAAAACUUUGUCAGUGCACGGGUCCUCAAGAAGUACAAGGCUAAAGACAUUGCAAAGAGCAUCUUAGACGCACACUCAGGAUUACAAUCUCUGUCGCUGGUUGAUGCUAAGCUGAAAUACAUCAAAGCAUGGCAGGCACUUCCAGAGUACGGCAUCACAUUCUUUGUAGUACGCACUCAAGGCAGCAAGAAAGAUGAACUGCUCGGCUUGGCUUACAACCGGAUGAUCAAGAUGGACAUCAACACCGGUGAUCUCCAGAAGACAUGGCGCUACAGCACGAUGACUCAUUGGAAUGUAAACUGGGAAACGAGAGAACUCAUCAUCGGGAUGGAGGACGGGGAGAUCGGCGUGAACUGUCUGACCUGCGAUUGCAAGAUCGUCCACGAGUACAUCGGUGGAUCCAUCUUCUUGGCGCUGCGCAAACAGGACAAGAAUCAAGUCAAGGACAUGGCCAUGUUUGCCAAGCUCACAGGAGGUUCAGAGACGGGCGUCCUGGAAUAGACGAUUCUUCUUUCCUCAUCUCUUGAAGGAAGAGAGCGCUAGCGAAUCAGUGGUAGUGGUGGUGGACGUUGAAAUACGUUGAUGGGAAGGACAAGAAAUAAGCUACUGCUUCAUGAUGACACAUUAACACGCCUUAGGUAGUACAAAGCGAAACGUCUAAAAGGGCAUUUCAUUUAUGCGAGAACACUGGAUGCAUUGGUGAUUAAUUGAAGGGUACGGACUACGGAAUAUGGCUGUGAGGCACGGGUGAAACAAUCUGGACCGUAUUCCUUUUACAAGGCAGAGUAGAAAUACACAAUGGUAACCUGGGAGCGAAGUACGUAGAUUGUUCAGAAAUGGGGCACUAUCUUAUCCACCUUGGUUGUUGGUUUCUUCCUUGGCUUCCCACCUUCAAAGCACACUGCCGUUGGUCCCUCCAAGCAGCUUUCACUUCUUCCAUCUGUGGUGAUCUAUCAUCAUUGUUGGUCAACCUUUGGUCAACCUUGUGGUCAGCCCUUGCCUACUACUGUCAUAGAUGGAAAGCUAUGAUUAAGGAAGAAUGUCAAGAAAUGGUUAUGUAAACAGAGGUGAAUCAUCACCCAAGCUCUGUGAUGGAUCUAACUGGUUUGGUUUGUCCAAGGACAGAGAUCAUAUUGGUGCCCAGCUGUUGUUUCCGAACGACUCAGCAAUCUUUUGUUUUUUUUGUACAAACCUCUUUGCAAUAACUGUAAUUAUGCCUGAGAGGUAAUUUAAUUAAUUGGAAUGCUUGAUGUAUUUGAUAAUGGAGACAUUUUUUAUAAAUAUAUAUUUUCUUGGAAAAUUCGUCGAAUGGAUGUUUUACUUUGUCAUUUUCGAAUUCUCAUGUAUUAAUUGCAAGGUUUUAUAUACAUUUUCCCCUCUUUCCUAAUAGGCUUUUAGUCAGCUUGUAAACAGCCAAUACAUUUUUACAGAAAAUUUUGCCCGUUAAUAUCAUUAUGGUUCACAACUUUUAUGUACAUAGAUAUAUCUGUAUAUAUUUAUAUAUAAUGAACUUUAUAUGCUUAGAAUCAAGUCUCCUUUAAUACACUCAUUUACCCUAGAUGGUGCAUUAUGUGUUUUAUUUAUUGUCGGAAACCCACCCUAUUCCCCGAGUCUACAGCAACUGAUAGCAACAUUCUCCCGCAUGCUGCUUCUCAUACCUAUCCAAUGUUGUUAUCAUCAUCAUGCAUUUAUCUUAAAGUUCAUAUUCUUAGACCCCUUUUAAGAUGACACCCAAUAAUGUCACCCUCAUUAACAUUUACCCAGUCCCAUUGUAUUUGAAUAUAUUUUCAUAAAUUGCAACUACCAUAGGUUGAUACAAGUCUGAAUGUAUAUAAAAUGUACAUAGUUAAGUAAGGUCUAUACAUGUCUGUAUUAUUCUGUACAAGUCCAAUGAUAUACCUUUUAAAGCAUGUAUGUACACUAUGGAAAUACACAACUGGAAAUUGAUUGUAUUUACAAGAUUUCUAUGCUUGCUUUGUUAUACAGAAAUAUAUGAACAUGAGAAAUACUCACCAUUUUUUCGUCAAGAGUAUGUACUACAUGUAUAUCCUUGUUUAUUUAUAUAUGAUUAGUUAUGCUUGUGAGAAAUGAUAACAGUCUUAUUCCUACCCUUAUUCACCAUGUUUAGCCCCAUGAAUAAACAAUGUUGACACUAUCCCUGUUUUUGUGUACUCUGCCUAUUCUAUGACCUGUGUACUCAAUUACCCAACUCACCACAAUCUGCUGAAAAUAUUACAAUUCAUCGCAGCUUCUUAAUUUCUAAUAUUAAGCGUCAUAUAUUUUAUAUCACAUAAUUGCAACUCUCAGAGAAGCAGAACGGAUAUAUUGCAGAGGAGUCACUGUUUCUUGAUGGGCCAUUUUUGGUCACCAAAAUUAUGACAAAUCUUGAUUUUAAUUAGUUGUAAAUCUAAAAAUUGUAGAGAUUUAGUUUUGAUUUUAAAGGUUCAAAGGUUUAGUCAGCUAUCUCCAAUAUAGCAGGUUCAUGGUCAGAGGUCAAAAGAAGUGGGUCACGUGUGUGACUCACACAUACGCAUGAUUUUGAAAAUUCAAUAUUGUGAAUUUCCUGUGAAUUUCAAAUUGAAAUUUAAACUUUCAAAAAUCAUCAAUUAGUUAUAAUUCUUUGAUUUUUUUUAUUUAUAACUAACUAAAGUCAUGUUUGUCACAAUUUUUGUCACACGCAUGACCUUGAAUGGCCCUGAUGUUGAUAUAGCAUCAUUAGACUAUAACACUCAAUUGCAGAACCAGAACAAGGUUUAUUCCCAAGGAAUGAACACAGGGAACACAAAUUUCAGUACAAAGACAAUUUUUCAAACCAUUCUGAGCCUGGAAAACAUAUUCCUUACUAAAUCUUUAGAUGGGUUGAGCCCUCCACACUGACUACAGUUGUCAAUACUGGACCUUCAAUUGAUAUCACUUAAAUGAGAGAGUUGUGUUUUAUUUCACAAUUACAGUGCUGGAUUAUGUCUUUAUUACAACGAUGUACAGAUAUUCUUGCUUCCACUGAAUUGUGAUGACAAUGUAGUCCCCAUUUGUCAUUCUCGUCCAGAUAAUUCUUUUUGUUUGAUUUAGUCUGUAAAAUCAUGGUAUUUUCAGGUUUUAUUUUUUUAUACAUUUUUGCUCUUCAACUUAUACCAUUUCUUGUUAUAUAAAAAGGGAAUGAUGGUCAAGAAAUAUGAGAACUACAUAGGAAUGGAUGUUUCUAUUUCAUGAAGAAUAAAUUCUCUGAGGAUACUCUGUGCUGUGUAUCAUGUUACUAUUUGAAACCUGUUUAGUCCUGAAUUCCCAUGUGCAUAAUUCAGGUAAUAGUUAUUACCUCAUACACAACGUCAUAACUUUAUUUUGAAAAAAGUCCAUAUUGGCUUACAGAAAUAUAAUCUUCAAAGUAUUCAUAAUACACUGGGCGUCUCUCAAGAUUCUCUUGUCUUUAAAAUUUUGUUACUUUUAAUCUGAAUGGUUAAGUCAAAUAUUGAUUUAACAAUAAAGGAAGAGAUUGAAAAUGUGCCAAACAAAUCAUGCACCCACCUCUGUCUCGCCUUCACAUGGCUUUGUAGAGGAUUUUUUCCCAUUUCCCUAUUUUUUUUAUUCUUGAAUUUAGUAAAAUAUUUAAUGAAAACCCCUGUACAUUUUUACAAUGUUGAGCGGAUUUGUUAAAGUGAACAUUUGCAUGGUGAUGAUAAUUUUUUUGUUUUUAUUUUUUUCUGGGUUAAACUUUGUUAUUUUAAGUCAAACCCGAAUGAGGCGAAAUAAAACUGGCUGUAGUAUCUCA